AUGACUUCGUAUGCUGCAUCAAAAGAAUAUGGUGUUCCAAGAAGUACAAUUGCAAGACAUCUUCUAGGCAUAAAAUGCUCAAAAGUUGGUGAAGGGCGACCAAACCGAUUAUCUGCUGAUGCUGAAAAAGAUCUUGUUUCACUUUUAUCUGCAUUUUCUGAUUUUGGAUUUGGAUUAGAUAAAAAACAAUUUAUGAAACUUGUUCAAACAUAUAUUGAAUUAAACGGAUUUCAGAAAAAAUUUGUUAAUGGUGUUGCUGGUGAUCAGUGGUUUUGUAAUUUUUUAAAUCGUUGGCAGAAAGAAAUAUCUAUAAGAACUCCAGAGCUUUUGACAUUAACAAGAGCCUUAGCUUGUAAUAAAACUGUAAUUGAUGCUUGGUUUUUAUUACUUAAAGCAACAUUGGAAAAAUGUGACAUUAUGAAUAGAUCUGCCCAAAUACUAAACUGCGAUGAAAAGGUAUUAAAAAACCCUGUAUCUAUUGCUCCUGGAUCAGGAAAAGAACAGUUUACUGUACUAGCAACAAUAUCAGCUGCAGGAAGAAAUUUUCCUCCAUUUAUUUUAUUUGCUGGGAAGAAUUUGUAUAAAGAGUGGAUGACUGGUGGACCAAAUGGUUCCUUAUAUGGGGUGACAAAAAACGGUUGGAUGGAAACAGAAGUUUUCACUGAAUACUUUAACCAUCUUGUUUUAUGGUUGAAAGACACACCCAAGCCUGUUUUGCUUAUCUUUGAUGGUCACAUUAGUCAUAUUUCUUUAGAAACUGUUAAAAAAGCAGUUGAAAAUCAUAUAACUAUUUUGUGUUUGCCAGCACACUGUUCGCAUUUGCUUCAGCCACUUGAUGUAGGAGUCUUUCGCCAAGUUAAACAUGUAUGGCGUGAAAUUCUGGCCAAUUGGUAUACCGAGUCAAGGCUGAAGGUGGUUGGGAAAUCUGUUUUUCCAUCUUUAUUAAAAAAACUUUAUGAUACCUCCUUUAAGCCAGCUCAUUUAGUACAAUCCUUUGCCAAAACUGGAAUUUUUCCCUUUGAUCCAUCUGCUAUAGCAUCUGACAAGUUAAAUCCUUCUGAAAUCUAUGAACACCCUUUUUCUCAGAAAACAAAUAACUAUAAUAAUAACGUCCCUCAAAACAUCGUUUUAGACACCAAUGUCAAUGAUCAGAACGAUACUUAUUGUUCUACUGGAAAUAAAAUCAUUAGAGAAAUAGUGAAAGAACAGUUAAUGGCCACAAAGGGUGAUGGUCGUUCAUACAACAAACGACCUACAAAAAAAAUAAAAAGACACUAUGGAGAAUGGUUAUCGGUAACAAAUCUUAUCUUAAAUUCAGAUUGGUGCAUUGAGCAACAACCUAUUUUUGGUAUUUGCAGAUAUUUUACGAGUGCUAUAUUCACUAAAUUUGGCAUGAGUACUAAUAUGAUGUGUGCAUUUUUUAUGAAGGUGCUAUUUUUUUAUUUUGUUGCUAUGGAUAAUUAG